CGCUUCAAGCUAAUUUAGAAACAGCUAACUUCCACCGUCAAAACCAAACGAUUCCCCGCAUUAGACGUCAAGAAUCCUUCAACCCAAUUUCCAACACGUUCUUUCUGCAAUCUGCACCACCCCAAUUUGGCGGCAUGAUGGUUUGGGUCAAUGUACUACAGUAGAAGAAAGAAGUUGUGCAUGCGCCUGUGUGUGUUUAUAUAUUUAUACAUAUUUUAUAGAAUUUUUAAUUAUUUUUUGUUGAAUAGUUGGGACUUUAUUGAGGGGUUUUGAGAGAUGAGUGGAAGUGGGCAAGGGCAAUCGUCCCAUCGUCAGAGUGCCAGAGAUUUAAUCUGCCACGCUGGUGCUGGUGCCUCUGCAGGUGCAAUCGCGGCGACCUUUGUUUGCCCUUUAGAUGUAAUCAAGACAAGAUUACAGGUCCAUUGCCUCCCGGAAGCAACACAGUCCAUUCCUAGAGGUGGUGUCAUUAUUACAAGUCUACAAAACAUAAUAAAGACUGAAGGUUUCAAGGGAUUGUACCAUGGGCUUUCACCGACAAUUCUUGCUCUACUUGCAAACUGGACUGUCUACUUCACACUUUAUGAGCAACUGAAGCACAUACUCCGUUCACAUGGGGACAGCUCUGGGCAACUUACAAUUGGAGGCAAUGUGGUAGCUGCUGCUGGUGCCGGUGCUGUAACUGCCAUUACCACAAACCCAUUUUGGGUUGUAAAGACCAGACUUCAAACACAGGGGAUGAGGGCAGAUGUUGUUCCAUACAAAAGUGUACAUUCUGCUUUAGGAAGGAUCUUGCAUGAGGAAGGCAUACGAGGAUUGUAUAGUGGAAUUUUGCCAUCAUUGGCUGGGAUAAGUCAUGUUGCAAUACAAUUCCCAGCAUAUGAAAAGCUAAAGGCUUACAUUGCGGAAAAGGAGAAUACAACCGUUGAUAAACUAAGUCCUAUGAGUGUUGUAAUUGCCUCUUCAAUAUCAAAAGUGCUUGCCUCAGUAAUGACUUAUCCACAUGAGGUCGUGCGUUCAAGGCUUCAAGAGCAAGGGCAGCUCAGAAACCCAACAGUCCACUAUGCAGGGGUGACAGAUUGCGUGAAGAAGGUUUUCCAGAAGGAAGGUAUUCCUGGCUUCUACCGCGGCUGCGCAACUAACCUGUUGAGAACAACACCAUCAGCUGUCAUCACAUUCACCAGUUACGAGAUGAUUCGUCGGUUCCUACAGCAGGUGAUACCACCCGGCACCAGAUAAUAAGCGCUCAAACGCCCACCCCAAAUCUGACGCCCGUAUCAUGCCCUCAAUCCCAUUAGGGAAGAAAGAUAAGCUUGCUGCAUGAAACUAAUAAGUGGGUGUUUGGCAAAACCAAAAAAGUAAUUGUUUUAAAAGUAUUAAUCUCUCUCAUAAAUUAAAAUUUUGUUGGAGGAAAACACUUAAAAUUAGGUUUUUUAAGUGAAUUUUAAAUAAAAUUUGAAAAAGCUACCCAUUUAAGUUUUUUAAAAACUUACUUAAAACUUACUUUAGAAAAUAAUUUUAAAAUUUUUUU